AGGGAGAAAAGCCCACUCCAGCUAUGGCCAUGUUAUCUCAAUCAUCAUCCUUCUCAAACCCACCUCACAAGUUUUCCUCAAAUACCCAAUUCUCAUUUCCAGUCUCUCCCUUUUCAGUUUCCACUUCCAAAUUCUCACCAUUUUCUCCAAGAUUGUUGGGAAAUGGGAACUGGGUUUCUCAAGGAAAUAGAUUCCGGGCAAAAUCUGCUGACCCAGAUGCAGACCCCGGAUUUUCUCAGGAAGAAGAUGCAGUUUCCAGUGGUGGCACUGGCACCACCCCUUCCACCAGUUUCUUGUCUGUUCUCUGUCCCUUGCUCAAGCUCUUCUCUGCAGGAGAUCCUUCUCAAGAGCGGAACUACCUUUUGGAGGUAGCAACCUCUUCCUUGUCCACCUUGUCUAGAUUUCCAUGGGGAUCAAGAUCACUAUCAGACAGUUCACAAAGCGAAGAGGCCACCACUGUAGAUCCCCCAAUGCAUUUGCAGCUUUUUGAAUUCGAGGCAUGCCCCUUUUGCAGGAGAGUUCGAGAGGCCAUAACUGAGCUUGAUCUUUCUGUAGAGGUCUAUCCUUGUCCAAAAGGUUCUGUAAGACACAGGGAAAUGGUUAGAAGAUUUGGUGGCAAAGAGCAGUUCCCUUUCCUUAUUGACCCAAACACUGGUAUCUCAAUGUAUGAAAGUGGUGAAAUUGUGAAGUACCUAUUUCAGCAAUAUGGUAAAGGAAAAAGUCCCUCAACUGGGCUUUUGGAAAGCACAUUGUUCACAGGAUGGAUGCCAACUAUUCUUCGAGCAGGUAGAGGAAUGACACUAUGGGAAAAGGCCAGACUAGACCCACCAGCCAAAAAGCUGGAACUUUUCUCAUAUGAAAACAAUCCGUAUGCAAGGAUUGUGCGUGAGGCACUCUGUGAGUUGGAGCUUCCUUACAUACUUCAAAAUGUGGGAGAAGGCUCCCCAAGAACAAAGCUACUUAUUGAGGCAUCUGGGUCGAAAGAGGUCCCUUUCAUUAUCGACCCCAACACUGGUAUGCAAAUUGGUGACUACAAGAAGAUCUUGUCUUAUUUGUUUCAGACAUACGCCAUGGUCACUGUGUAGCUUCAAUAUCAGCCAUUAAAUGCUCUAUCACCCAGUAACACCAAUGGAGCUAUACCUUCAGCUCUGUGCAUAUGCUGUCAUACUAAGUCAUCAGAAUGUGGUUAUGGAAAAUCCUAGUUAAGUAUCGAGUGAUGGGUGUGAUUAUCCUUUUUUUUUGGAUUUGUUAGUAGGACCGUAUUAUUUUUCCAUUUGAGUUUUUAUAUAGUCCAGGAAUCACAUUUUUGUCUGUCAUACUACAGAAAUUGGUCAUCUAAGAGACAGUUAAUACUGUGAUAUGUACAGCUUUAGUCUAAUGAAUGCAUUCAUCUUUUUACUAUA